UUCAGUUCAGUGUACUUCAUCUACUUUAUGCUACAUUAUAUAAAUCAUUUAGUGCAUGAUAAAAUAAGGUUAUGAAUGGAACUUUAUUUCUUAUUUACUGUAUUAGAAUAAAAUGAUUGCAAAUCCCUUAAGAUUAUACCGCCUGAGCGAUAUGCAACAUCUGAAUUUCUAUGUGUAUUAAAUCAUCUAUGUCCCACCUCUCCUCUCAGCGUUUCAUUCAGUCUCUUUUCAUCAUUCGACGUUUACUUUGGGAGUUAUUAGUUUGUCCUCAAAGGAUAUAAGAUUUUACAAAAUGGGAUUACCUCGUUUAUAUACCUGUUGUUUUAUAUUUGACUUAAAGACUGGCAACAUUAUAAUGGGAAGUUUGAGUGCGUUUGGUUCGUUCGCGAUGUUCGUAGCAAUGAUAGUGGAAGCUUGUACCCUGGAGCCGUAUAAAGAAAUGGCCGCUGAGGAAGAAGAUUACAACGCUGAGGCAGAAAUUACUGGAUUGUAUGCCAUGUCCAUAAUUUUAGUACUGAUGUUUUUAUUUAAACUUUGCACCGAUAUCGUUUUCAUUUAUGGAGUUAUUAUGGAAAAAGCAACGAUUAUCCGAGCCUAUUUCGUGAUGUGGAUUGUCUUCUUUCUGCUGUCGAUGUUCACAUUCUUCCUGAAUUCUCCACAUUACAAUGCUGGCACUAUAUGUAUAGAAGUAUUUUACAUCAGUCUGAACGUCUACGCUAUUCUUCUAUGCAACAGCUUCUACAAAGAACUAAACUGUCGGGAAGAAGUGUAAUGCAAUUUAUCUUUAUUUACAUACUAUUAAACGGGGCCGAUAUGAACGUCCUUUAACUUCGAUGCCGAAACGUGUCAGUGUAUGCUAUAUAAAUUAUUAAUUUAAUUAUAUCGUUUGUAAAUUG